AUGAAUCCAGACGUUACGAAGGCAAAAGAAGACGGCUCGAGUAGUGUAGUAGGAGAUGAAGCAAACCCAAGGAUUAUCGAGAAACCUGUCGGCCCAGGAACCGACCAAAGUCCCAGAGAUGCAAAUGAAAGCGAAGACAAUGCCAGUGGAAAUGGAAAAGGGGAAGAGGAAGAAUCAAGUAAGAAAAAUGAAGGGGAGGAAUCAAGAGAAGUAGACGAAGGAGAAAAAGAGAAGGAAGUUGUAGAUGACGAAGAAAAGGGCAUGCUACCGAAACUACACUUUCCUUCAAGCCAAUAUCAAAAGUCUUUAAAGCUUUCAGGAAAAUGUUACAUUGACUCGGCGAUAAGAACUAUUCAAACGAUCCUGAAAGCAAAGGAGGUGGAAUGGUUCAUAGAGCACCCACAAUUCCAGCAUUUCUUCCAUAUUAAAAACCGAAAGCAGAAGUGGAUGGGAAUGUGGGUUCUCGUUUUGCGAUCAGCUUGUGUUGCGAAGAAGCAUGAGUUAUGGUUUGUCGUUAAUGGCGUCGCAAUCCGAUAUUCUCUUAGAGAAUUAGGACUCAUUUCUGGACUAUACUGCCAUGAGUAUCCCCCCAACCAUGAGAGGUUGGGUGGUACAACAUUCAUGAACAAGUAUUUUGGAGGGAAAAGGGUAACAUACGCUGACCUGGAGAAGCAGAUGUUGGCGAUGAAAUCAAAGCCAUCUGAGGAUCGUAAGAAGAUGGCCGUUCUGUUCUUCUUAGCCAGCAUCCUUUUCGGAGGCCGAAAGAGUGGUGAGGGAGCAUCACCUGUGGACAGUUUCUUCCUGAGUGUUGUUGAUGACCUAGAUGCGUGUUUGUUGGCCUUUGAGGCAAUUCCAAGCUUGAGGAACCAUUUCCGAGAAGAUGUGAAUGGUGUAAAUAGUAGUUGCCCGCGGAUGUGCAAGAUGCAGUACAAACGGAAAAGUGGAACCAAGGAAUUCAGUCCGAAAGCUGUGAACGAUAAACUUGGUAAUAAUACAAAGGAUAUUGAGAGUAUCUUGGUAGCAACAGCAGCUGAGGAGGAACUUUUGGAAACCAUAGGAAUAGACAAGGAGAGUUGUUGGGCCGAUGACGCCGAUGAUGCAGCAGUUGAUGGUUGGACGAAGAUAAUACGGAAAGGGAAGAAACAAGUUUUCUUUGAAGAACAGUUCCGCAUGGAUUUAGAGUCUCGCACAGGUCAGAUUGAAGGUCCCACCAAUCCUAUCGGAGGACCAUCAAAUAAUGCACAAUCUGGUCAGGCUAAUGCUGAUUCGGUGGAGGUUAGUGGAGCUACUCCUGGAGCUGAGGCUUUAAAAGCUAUGGAAGGUCGGCUUAUGAAUGCAGUCAGAGAUGCAGUUCGAGAUGCUAUGAAGGGAGUGAAUGAAAAAGUCACUUUAUUGUCUACGCAGCUAGGUCUGCUAGAAGAGGAAGUGAAAAGUCUUAGGUUGAGUGUUCCCGGAAGUGACAAUCCGGCGGUCCAAGAUGAUGGUGAUGGUAGUGACAAUAACGAGUCGGAAGAAGAGGAUGGUAGUGACAAUAACGAGCCGGAGGAAGAGGAUGGUGGUGACAAUAACGAGCCGGAGGAAGAGGAUGGUGGUGACAAUAACGAGCCGGAGGAAGAGGACAAUAAUGUUGAAGAUGCCAUUCUCGAAAUUUCAAAGGAUGUACAGAGGGAAUAUGGUGAUGUUGACGUGGAUGAUGAUGAUGCGGAGAUGUAUGCCCAUGCUGCGGAGGUCGAAAAAAAAUUAAUGUCUGUAAACACGAAAAAAAAGAGGUCGAGAAAAGAUGAUGGGAAAGAAACAGUUCCUGUGAAAAAGGUUAAGUUGGUUGGUGAAACUGUGAGGAGUCCCAUUCAGCUAAGAAGCAAGGCAGCAGCGAAGGAGGCAGAAGCUGAGAAGGAGGCAGCAGCUAAGAAGAAGGCAACAGGUAAGAAGAAGGCAGCAGGUAAGAAGAAGGCGGCGACUAAGAAAAAGCCGAAGACAAAAAAAAGUAGGUAA